GCAAUUGUUGGAAUAUCCUCUUUUUCCGCUGCAUACUCUGUGAUUUUUACUACUGAAUUGUUGUGAUGGGUGGUGAUCAAAGUGAAGGUCAGGGUUCUAAGACCAAUGAGGUUCAGAAAGUUGAGGUCUCUGUUAAGAGCUCAGAAGGUGGUUCUUUUGGUGGUACCAAACUCACUGGUACCAAUUUCCGAACAUGGAAGAAGAUUAUGUCCGUUUAUCUUCGCGGGAUACACAAGAUGGGACAUGUGACAGGAACAAUCAAGGUUCCUAGUGAAGAUGACAUAGAAGCCUAUGCUAAGUGGGAAGAUGAUGAUGGGUUAGUAAUGUCUAUUUUAUUCAGAGCCAUGACUGAUGAUGUGCUCCAGAUGGUAGAGGAAUGUGAAACUGCUGAGGCAAUAUGGAAGACGUUAGGAGAUCUCUAUACAAAUGAGUCUGAUUUUAUACAGGUUCAUGAACUGAUGUGCAAAGCUGCAGGAAUGCAACAGAAUGGGCAACCAGUGUCAGUGUUUUUCACCAAGCUGAAGAAUGUAUGGGCUGAAAUUGAUCAGAAGCGUCCUUGCAAGAUCAAGAAUCAGGAAGAUCUUGUGUGGUACCAGAAGGAGAAGGAGCUAGAAAGGGUUCAUGUCUUCCUGAGAGGGCUUGAUGAGAAGCAUAGCAGUGCCAAGGGAGAAUUGCUCAGAAUGACAGACGCUCCUAGUUUGAACACAGCUUUUACAUACAUCCGCAAGGAUGAGUCUCAGCAGGAAAGUGUCAAACAUGCACAGGUUGAAGUAUCUAGCCUAGCCAUUCAGGCCAAGUCACCUGCACCUUUCCUUCAGCAACAGAGUCCAGCCCCACUUCAUCAGCAAGGUUUCCCGCAAGGCUUCUCCAACCGUCCUCGUCCUCAAUGCUCUUAUUGCAACGAUCUUGGGCAUGUUCGGGAGACUUGUUGGAAGUUGAACCCACACCUUAAACCUAAAAAACAAGGUUAUCGCCUUAAGGGGAAAGCAGUUGCGGUUCACUUGGUCCAAGAACCGGAUUUCUAUGGAGUGGCUGGCCAAGAUCAUCAUACAGCAGGUGGAGCUACCCCUACAGCCUCUAUAGCUGGUCGAGGUAAAAUUGGAUCUUCUCACCAGGGAGAUAGUCGGUCGGGGGUAUCUGAGGGGCCGGUUGUUCCAUCUGGAUCAGACAUACGCAGGAGAGAAACCAGGAGCACCGUCCCGAGCCGCUUUGACUUCGACUUCUGAUAAGCUAAGUGAGAUUUGGUUGUGGCAUCGCCGUUUAGGGCAUCCAUCUUUUAGUCUUAUGAAGAAAACCAUGCCUACUCUGUUUAUUGGUGUGGAUGAGUCAGUUUUACAUUGUGAAACAUGUGUCUUGGCCAAGAGUCAUCGUGCUACUU